AUGCAAAGGGAACGGCGGUUCCUGGUCGCCAGUCCAGCUGCAUGUGAAUCAAAGGAAGGGAACAACUAUGUAAUUUGCAGAAUUUGGGAAGAAGCGAUCUCAAAAGAGUGGCCUGCAGUGGUCAUACACGAAUUCAUCGAUUCUCCUGAGUCAGGCAUAGAGGCCAAUCCCAUAGUGAUUAGAGAUGAUCCUACUCCUUUGGACUCGGCAUCUAACCAUAUCGUGAUUCACGUUGACGAGGACUGUGGCUAUGAUGAGACGGAGCAGCCUGGUUCUAUUGCCGACACGAAGAUCAUGGCUACACCAGAGUUCUGGGAGAAUUUAAUCUAUAGAAGCUUUCUUGUGCCAGAAGACGAGGGUGCAACCGUUGACUUGACGUCUAUCCUUACGCUGACCAGAUUGCAGCCCGCGAGGACCUAG